AUGGAGCCAAACGAUCUCGUUCCCGAAUACCAGCAACACGACACUCUCAACUUGGACAUAAUCGAAAGCCAUCAUGAUGCCCUCUCAUCCACCGAAACUAUCACCGCCCAAGUCGCGCAAGUCAUAACCGCUACCAUGUCCCCCGUCAUGCUCGUCAAAAUCAAAACCCCCAGCGCCCACGCCGACGCGCCAAACAGGGCAAUCCUCAAGCUCUACGACCGACGGUUUGGCUCAUCGCUUCGUAGGAGCAAGAAGGGCAAACAUCUUCCGUGCCGUGUUCAAGACGAGGCCGCUUUUUGCUCUUUCGUCGACCGUGGCGAUAUGGGUCCUUUCAUCAACGAGAUUGAAGAGGAUCGCCGCACGGAGCUGGUCCCCAACCCGGUGGCGGAUUGGAGACUGGAGCCUGAGGGACAAGCCAAGUUUGAGGCGGCUUUGUGGCGUCUCAAAGAUCUCCAGGAUGUUUUAGUUCCCCGUUUGUAUGCCUCUGUGCGACUCUCGUCUUCCAGCGCCAGCGGUGACAUGAGCAAAUACUACAGUGUGAGCGGUAUUCUUCUCCAGUUUAUUCCCGGAGGUAGCUUGUAUGAUCUACCCGAAACGCCCACCUCGCCCACCUCGCAGCAAGAAUGGACUUCUAUCGUCCAACGUGUGAUUCAAGGAGCCUACGAGAUCAACCAGUGCCAUAUCCUCCUCAAAGACAGCUGUCCUCGCAACGUUAUCGUCGAAGCAGACUCCCAUCAGCCCUUCAUCAUCGACCUUGCACAGUGUUACUUCAAGGAUCAGCUCUUUAAGGAUUGGGAGCAUUUCGGCUUUGGUGAGCGGCAGGAGGACUGGACUCCCGAGGCGCAGUGGUGCGAGAGCGUGAGAUGCCGUGAUAAUCCUGGCUCGAUUGCUUUGCCUAUGCAGAGCAAGCUGAAGAGGGUCAAAGGGUUUUCGAUCGAUGUGAAGUAUCCGGAAUGA